CGCUCCGGCACGUUUCACACAUCCGCUGUACAUGGGUCGAAUUUGAAUCCCGAGAGAGAGCACUCGACGGGUGACCUCUUGAUGUGACGGUGACAAAGAGAGAUCGUCACGACGGUGACCGUAUGCCGUCAGCCCGCAGUCAUACGGUCGGUGUUGUUCUAGCCUGGAGUUUUAUUAGCUCACAUUCCAUGCAGCUGUGAAUCCCCAAAUUAAUUUCUUCAGUGGCUUUACACGCAUCUACAUGGCUGUGAACCUCUGAUUCAUGAGCUUUGGCCAAAGUUUGGGUCUUGACCGUCUUCUAAAUCUGGAAGUAUGAUCGUGUUUAUUACGUAAGGUUCCAAUCACCUUCUCUCUGAUGGCUUUUAAACUUCCUGCUUGAGAUUUGGACUCGACGUCAGGUUGACUGUCAGCAAUGCUGAGCUCUUGGUAUCGGUCGACGAUAUCGAACAUGCAUAGACAUGUACAGGGAUAUCAAUCACGCGGAUAGAUCGAGCUUUGACCCGGAAUCUUUGGCGUUUCCUGCUGCGCAACGAGGGACUGUGAAAAGGUUCUUACGUCGAGAACUUAAUUGCUCGUGGAGCUUCCACUAAGGCGUGAGUUCGAUUCAGUUCAUCUUGAAGUACUAAAUUUAGGUGCCAGAAUGUCGUGUUCAUGGACGCCAUAUCUUUUCUCGAAUCUGGUGAUGGUGAUGUCGUUGCGUUUUGCCUUCGUGCGCUUACAGUCUCUGAUUUUCAUGCGUCCAUGUUUCCGACUACUUACUACAAUCCGUGUCACUUGGUGUCAGUCUGCCAACUGUUCAACAUAUCUACUAUCUACUCAGAUCCUAUCUUUUGACACCGCCAUGACAGGGUGUAAUUAUAGUAGCAGUAUGUUAUUCCACAUCAUAGUGGUCGCCAAGCGAAAUUGGCAUAUGCCGUUUGGAGACCGUGAUAGAAUAGGAGACAGACUUUGAGGUAACCCUCAAGUCCGCGUAUUGUUUUGGCACAGUUAUGACUCGAAUCCCUUCCAUGGUAUAUUGAAAGGCGCUCCUAAGGACUGUGCGGGAUUGAGAUUGCCAAAUCCUUUCAAAAUCUCAGUUUCUACACUUCCUUGGGCGAUCUAGAGCAAGUGGGUACACUUUGGGUACAGUUUUCGAUCGAUUGUUCAUUCUGAGGCAUGAUGGAUCAGUUUUCUGGCUUGGCUCCUAGGAGCUUGUCGCACAGUUUGAAUCAGAUUCGAUCAUUUGGGGAAAGGAUCCUCAUUUCCAUCGCAGCUACUAUAUGGCACCAAGAUACUACUUUUAAGUGUUUCCUCAGGAUAUUGAGAUUGGUUUCUAGUCGGAAUAUCAUGGUUAGCAUGGUGUAAUCUUCGAAGGAAUUAAAAGCUUCCGUUCUAUAUCACUCGUCCAUGUCGCUGAUGUCACUGGCUUCCAUUGUCCUCUCGGUUCAAUCUGCACGACUAG